AACAAAUUUGGGAAUAUGAUUCCCACCUUUACUUGGAAAAAAAAACGUAUAAGAAUGCACAUUAGGUUAAAAUUUGAAGGAUCAAUUCUGGAACCUAAUGCAGUUAGGAAAAUGAUAGCAGCACAUCACUUUCUCUUUAUAAAAAUUAUAAUUUAUGAGCAAUUCCUCCACAGGAAAUACAGAAUGUACAUGGAUAUAGUCUGUCCAAUAAAAAAUUUGCAAAAUUUUAUUUCCAAAGUUGCACUGCAUAACUAAACGAAAAAUGCUAUGAAAAGAAUCCAAAAUUUUGCUAAAAUGACGUGAGAUAUUUAUUUACUCUGAACUAAGAAAGCAAGCCAUUAUGUAUACAUCUAGCAAAUAUUUAAGUUUACCACACAAAGUUUUAUGUCAUUGUUUUAACUAAAAUGUACAGCACCAUCUGAGAAUGGAAAGUGGAAAUAGAGAACUUAGGCCCACAAGUGAACAAAAGUAGGAAGGAAUAUGAUAUUUUCAUGUCACCACACACAAGCAUUUGAGUUUGUUUUUCUAUUGGUUCUAUCCAAGAUUCUAUGGGUUACUAACUCCCCACUAUUUCUCAGAUAUAAAUACCACCCCUCAGCAUGCAUUCCCCUAAAGAGAAGUGUGCAUGCAUUGGAGAAAGAAGAACAAGAACACAGAUUUUACACAAAGUCUUCCACUCAUUAGAAUCAGAAACCAGUAAGAAUAGUUGAAAAUCGAGCACUAUCUAGUUGCAUCUUCCAGAGGAAGAAAAGUGAUCCAGAGAAUAGAAGCCAUCAGGUGUGAUGUAUCAUCAUCAAGGGAAGAACAUGCACUCUUCUUCAAGAAUGCCAAUCCCCUCUGAGAGGCACAUGUUCCUUCAAACAGGAAACGGGUCUGGUGAUUCUGGACUUGUUCUCUCAACUGAUGCUAAGCCACGAUUGAAAUGGACGCCGGAUCUUCAUGCCAGGUUCAUAGAAGCAGUGAACCAGUUAGGUGGAGCUGACAAGGCAACUCCAAAAACAGUAAUGAAACUCAUGGGGAUUCCAGGUCUUACUUUAUAUCAUCUGAAGAGCCAUCUGCAGAAGUACAGAUUGAGCAAGAAUUUGCAUGGACAAACUAACACUGUAACACACAAAAUCACAGCAACAAAUGCGGGGGCAACAACAAGUGAAAGAUCACUUUCAGAACCCAGUGGAACUCAUAUGAACAAGUUAAGCCUUGGCCCACAGGCUAACAACAGAGAUUUACAUAUAAGUGAGGCACUGCAGAUGCAAAUUGAAGUGCAGAGAAGGCUAAAUGAACAACUUGAGGUACAAAGACACUUGCAGCUUCGGAUAGAGGCACAAGGAAAAUACCUGCAGUCUGUGCUAGAGAAAGCUCAAGAGACACUUGGUAGACAAAAUUUGGGAAUGGUAGGACUUGAAGCUGCCAAAGUUCAACUAUCAGAGCUGGUGUCCAAGGUCUCCUCCCAGUGCUUGAACUCGGCAUUUUCAGAGCUGAAGGAACUACAAGGAUUUUGCCCCCAGCAACCACAAACCAACCAGCCAAAUGAUUGCUCAAUAGAUAGUUGCCUCACAUCUUGUGAAGGGUCACAGAAGGAGCAAGAGAUACAGAAUGGUGGGAUAGGUUUAAGGCACUUGAAUGGCCAUGGCCAUGCAUUCAUGGAAAGAAAGGGAGGCACAGAAGCUCCUAAAUGGAGUAAUGAAGUGAAAAACAACACAUUUCUAGCUCCAUUAGGCAAGAAUUCAGAAAGAAGUAGCUAUGGUGCAGAGAGAAGCAGUGGAAACUUGUCUAUGAGCAUUGGACUUGAAAGGGAAACUGAGAAUGGAAGCAGCAUGUAUACUGAGAGUCACACUCACACAGAUGGUGAGUUCUGGCACAGAAACAGCAAUAGGACAGAACCAAAGAAUGAAGCAAUGGAUGGAGGAAGAGGUUCCCAUGAUUAUAGGUUGCCUCCUCCAUACUUUUCAGCAGCAAGAUUGGACUUAAACUCACAUGGAGAUAACAAUGAAGCUGCAACAACAACAACAAGCUGUAAACAACUGGAUUUGAACAGAUUCAGUUGGAGCUGAUGAGAGGCCUAACUAACUAUGGAUAGAUACAGAGAAGAAUAAUGGUUCUUCAAGAUUUGAUUCAGCAUAAGUUGGAGGAUUGUAGGAACAGUGUGUUAUUAUUUUGCAAUAUCAUCUGGUCUAUCUUUGAAUCCAACAAGUGGCCAAAUAUAUAUUUAUAUGUCUUUGUUAACUGAAUGAAAUAAGUUGCAA